AUGGCGCAACAACCCGACCCCAGCCACAAUGUCCCGGGGGAGUUGAUCCCCCAUAUUCACCUCAUGUCCUCGUUUCGAUACCCAAUAGCACCGCGCCUGGACAUCAACGAGGUUGCCAAGUGGUUGAUGGGCGCGCCGCAAAUCGCGCGUGAUAAGGCCGCUUUCUACUGGGGAUACCUCGACAAGCCCCAAGAUGGCCAGACUUUCUUAACGUGGCAACCCUUGCAGCGCCUCGGUACCAACUUUGCCACGGAUGGCUUCGUGUGGUCGCCUCCUGAGGAGAUCUACAAACACGACCUCCGCAAUGGCGCAAUUAUGGAAAUCUACUUCCUCAAGGCUGGCUACAUCCCUGGCGAGCAAAUGGCCGCUCACGCCCGACGACGCUUCCGCCUUGUGCCCGUGCCUGGCCACCCGAACCCCCCUCACGUCGACCAGAAUCUGUUCAUCGUCCACUACGGCCCGUCAGAACCCGACAGCCGCUUGCCCAUCAGCGCGAUUCCCUACGAUGAUCGGGUUGCCGCCAUUAUGCAGCAGCGCGCGUUCCUUCUCAGCCGCGGCAUGCUCCGACGCAAAGACUUUAUGCUAUCGGACCGCGCCAACUGGCCCACGAUGCCCGAGCUCACGCGUCAGCAGAUUGCUGGCCAGCAAAACCCCCGCGGUGUGCCGCAGCAGAUGGCGUACCCGCCGCAGCCCGUCGCCGGUCCUCCCGCGAAACGAGCCCGACACGGCCAGGGCUCGCAGGCUGCCAUGCCUCAGAUGCCGACCAUUGAUGUUAUGGAUGACGACGAAGAUAUUUCCAGAGGCGACAUGUUUGACCACCUGACACCUAGAGAGUUGUCUCUCGGUCGCUACCAGCAAAAUCACGAGUGGAUGGAGGAAAUCCUCUCGUCGCCAUAUCGGAUGGGACAGAUUACGCCUGCCGACCUGGGUCUUGGGCUAAAGGGCGAGCUUGCCUCACUCACAGAAGGCAUUUUUGCGGCUCAAGGUGGCGACGCGUCUAGCCAGUUGCCUCAAAAGACGUACGUUGGUAAGCUGGAGCCUGGUUUGGCAGACGAGUUCCGCAAGCGAGUUAGCGAAUACAUUGCGUCCACAGAAACCGAAAUCGCCAACAUGAAGAAGGAGCAAGAAGAAAAAUUGGCCAAGUUCAAGGAGGGCUCCGUUGUUCGCACAAAAGAGCGCGAACUCAAGUCGCUGGUUGAACAGACUGGACCUGAAGCAUGGAGAAUCGAGGGCCGCGUGGAGACUACUGACAAUGACGAUGACGGCCCACGCACUACGAGCAAGCAUACUCUGGAAGAAAUUGUGCAACAAGUAGAAGCUUCCGUGGGUCGAAAGAUUGAAAGCAAGCCGGCUGUCGCACGCAUCCAAGAGGGCGGCUAUCAGAUUCCUCCUCCUGAACCGGAGCCAGAGGCCGUACUUGGCGCAGCAUCUGCUGACCAGCAAAUGAUCCGCCAAGUAUCCCAAGCUCUCUCACAGAACAGCGCUCUGCUGAUGGGCGACACUGAUAUGGAUAUGGGAGACACAGCCUCUGGACUACUUGACCAGAUGCACACUGGUCUGUCCUCGGCAUCUACACCUGCCAACAACUUCCCCACCCCUCAAGCACAGCUCUCCGCCCUGCAGUCGACAGCUGCCACACCAGCCAAUGCCAACAUGCCUUCUCCAGCUCCUGCGCAGCGUGCGCCACCUGCCGAUGCUCCGAUGGGUGAUGCGGGUGCCUCCAAGUCCGAGCAGCCCAACGCCCCAGGCGAGCAGGACGGCGACUGGGUUGUGGUGCCCAAGGACGGCAGCACAGAUUCAAACGUAGGCGCCUCAUCGGCUGCCAAGGCGCCAUCUGAGGAGGCCAAGCAGACGAAUGUCGCAAAGGCCUCGGCGGAAGCGACGCCGGCCGGUUCCAACUCGUUUGACCAAAACGACUUUAGUUCCCUGGGCGACCUGGACACUGCCGGCGACGCCCUCUCUGGAUUCGACGCUCCGGAUAUGGAUGGUGGUGCCGGCGGCUUGAGUGAAGACAUGGACCUUAACAUGGAGAUGGAAGACUCGGCCUUUGGCGAUGCUUUUCACGGAGUCGGUGCUACUGGCACGCCGGGCGAGGGGCAAGAAUAG